ACCAAUGUCAUAUCUCAUUAGCACAUCCAGAGACUAAAGAUCGUCACGUCACCGUAAACCAAACUAGUGUUUACAACUGGGGAAGCGAAGAAGCUACGCAAACUAGGGUUUUGUAAUUCCAUCCCAAAAUCUGAAAAUUGAUUGCAUUUGAGUAAGAAAUCAUAAUCAAAAUAUGGCUCAAAGUGGCAAAUUGAUGCCAAAUCUGGAUCAAAACAGUACAAAGCUACUCAAUCUCACCGUUCUUCAGCGAAUUGAUCCUUCCGUCGAGGAGAUUCUCAUUACUGCUGCUCAUGUUACCUUUUAUGAGUUCAACGUCGAACUCAGCCAAUGGAGUCGCAAGGAUGUCGAAGGGUCUCUUUUCGUCGUAAAAAGAAACAAACAACCUCGAUUUCAAUUCAUUGUAAUGAAUCGGCGAAAUACAGAAAAUUUAGUAGAGAAUCUUUUGGGAGACUUCGAGUAUGAAAUCCAGGUACCAUAUUUGUUAUACCGCAAUGCCGCGCAAGAAGUAAAUGGUAUAUGGUUCUAUAAUGCUCGUGAGUGUGAAGAGGUGGCAAAUCUCUUUGGCAGGAUACUUAAUGCUUACUCGAAGGUGCCAACUAAACCCAGUAUAUCUUCAUCGAAAAGUGAAUUCGAAGAACUAGAGGCAGUCCCAAGCAUGGCUGUUAUUGAUGGUCCAUUGGAGCCGUCACAGUUAACUACCAGUAGUGUCAAUGAUGUUUCUGAAGAUCCUGCCUUUGUGAAUUUCUUCAGUUCAGCUAUGAAUUCGGGAAGUCCUUCCAUUUCAACAAGUACAGGAGAACUUCAGAAGCCAUCUGCUGCAGUCGCUGUUGCUGGUCGGCCAGUCAACACGCCUCCAUCACCACAUAUAGCAUCUACUGCUAAUAUAACAUCUGCUUCUUUGUUGUCUCUGCUUGAUAUAUCAGAGUCAAACAGCAAUAGCAACCGUGUGACAGAUCUUGUUAAGCCGUCCUCUUUCUCCAGUCUCCCUUCUGCCACUUAUCCAUUGAUGGCGGCACCUGUUUCUUCAUCUGUGCCCACUGCUCCUCCAUUGUACCCUCCUAAUAUUCCACAUCCUUAUGGUGCUCCAUUACUCCAUCCAUUUCCUCCCCCUACUCCACCUCCAUCUCUAACUCCAACAUCAGCGGUCGCUCCUAACUAUGGGACAGUUUUAAGCAGAGACAAGGUUCGGGAAGCACUCAUGUUGCUUAUUCAGGAUAAUCAAUUUAUCGACAUGGUGUAUCGAACAUUAUUGAAUGCUCACCACUCAUGAAGAUCUUGGCAAUUUCUAGUGUGCUGGAGGGUUAUGUAUAGCAAUUUCUUCUUAGGUGAUUGUAAUGCACUGUAUAUUAUGUUAUAUUAUUAUUAUUUACGUGAAAGUUUCCUUCA